AUGUUCCGCCAAGCAAUCACCCGGCCUGUCAUGGCUGCCAAUCGUGCCAUCUCUCAGCGAUCUUUCUCGGUUGCUCUUCCCCGUAUGGCCGAGGGCGACACUGGUGCCCCUCGUAGCUCUGGUGAUUCCUUCACCAAGCGUGAGGCUGCCCAGGAGGCUCUUUACAUCCGUGAGAAGGAACUUGAGAAGCUUCGUACCCUGAAGGCUAAGAUCGGCGAUCAACGAAAGCACCUCGAUGAGCUGGAGGCUCACAUUGAGGCACUUACCAAUGAGUCCAAGCGUUAA